GAAAAGAGGACCCUAGGUUAUCGUAGAGGCUGGUAUCCUGACCCAGUGGGACAGGCCGCUACGGAGUAGCGGGAAUAGUCUGUCUCUCCAACCCUCCCGUUAUAACUCGUCCAAGCCAAUAACCAUCGAGCGAGUGAGACUUUUGCCCCAGAGGCGGCCACUUUCGAUCUUCAACUUUUGUGUGUAAUGCGUAUCAUUCUCAAAACGUCCGGGUGGAGCCAAAAUGUCCAAGUCGAUCCAAACUUUACGGUCAAUGAUCUCAAGCGAAGGGUGCACUUCAGGACAGGCAUUCCACCUGACGAACAACGCUUUUUAUUCGAUAACAAUAUGCUGCAAGAUGAUUGCUCUUUGCUCUCCGAUUAUCACAUCCAGGACCAGUCCAUUCUCUACCUUCUCCGGCGUCGUAUUGUGCCCUCAGACUGGUGGCUCCACUCUCCCUAACGUCGUCAGGCGAUUCUCGCGUUGUGCGCGAAAGAGAUACUCCUUGCGCUCCGCUAGGUGAGCAGCGAGCUUGGGUUGCACGUAUGUGAUGAGCUUAGAAAGCACUACAGAACGUCGGGAUAGGGGCAUAGCGCGUAGUGAAAUUGUAAUGACUGAAACACCUUUUGCAAAGAGCACAAAUGAUUCGUCCACUUCUGGAUUCUGCCGCACACUUCUGUAUUUCUGAAGAGGAAAUUGACAUUGUGUCUGUGUCCAAUUUGCCUCCUGGGCAUCUGGCUGUUACUGGUGGAAAUGGGGCGCACGAGCUAGAAUUCAUGCAGGUGGCUAAAUUUGGGAGCCGUGCGCAAGAUUGAGGAACGUAUUGUAUAUUAGGAGUUUUAGAAUUUCAUGACCAAUUAGUGUGCG